GGAGGAGGUCCAGUGAGGAGGCUCAGAGGAGGUUCUGAGGAGGCCCAGUGAAGAGGCUCAGUGAGGAGGCUCAGUGAGGAGGAGUCAGCGAGGAGGAGUCAGUGAGGAGGCUCAGCGAGGAGGAGUCAGCGAGGAGGCUCAGCGAGGAGGAGUCAUCAAGGAGGCUCAGCGAGGAGGAGUCAUCAAGGAGGCUCAGUGAAGAGUUUCGGUCAGGGGACUCCAUGAGGAGGCUUGGGGAGGAGAUGCCGUCUGGCUGCUGGAUUGCUGUGCUGCUGCUCCUGCUGCCGGCUGUGACUCAGGCUCAGAGUGGAGACGGAGAUGCUGAUGUUGACUCCAGAAUCAGCUGCACCUCGGACAUCAUGACAGACGGAAGCAGUCUGACCUGUAAACUGGUCGAAGGCAGGAACGACAACGAGGACGAUGAAGAUUAUCAGGCCGAUGGCAUCGAGAAUAUGACAGCAUGUUUCACUGACUUCAGCACGACGGGGAGGAAGUGUGUGAACAAUUUUGGGGACACAGUCAGCUCCAGAGAUCUGAGUCUCGUAGUUGAUUUAAACGUGACAAUCCACUUGAAGAGAGGAGGACAGAUUUCAAAGACAAUCGACCUGAAGAAGAUCGUUAAACCGAGAAGUCCUCAGGUGUGGAACGUUACCGUCAGUCGGGAGUCUCAGCAGGCUCUCAUCCAUAUUCGGACUCCGUACCAUAAAGAAUACCUGAAAGUAGACAACCAGCUCUUCCAGCUGCUCAUCUGGAGCGCUCACAGCAGCACGAUUCAAAACAUCUCAUCAUCAGACCACGUCGUCAUGAAGAUCGACAUGCAGCAGCUCCAAAAACACACACAGUAUCACGUCAGAGUGCGAGCGAUACCACAGAAACACCUGCAGGGUACCUGGAGCGAAUGGAGUGAAACGUUCAGUUUCACUACUCCUGCUGAAGAUAAACAGACAAAUCCAAGGCAGGAGCUGUACACACUGAGCAUGUGUCUCGUCCCUUUGUUUGUGGUCACUUCUGCGGUCGUUUUAUUCUGGAAAAACAAAAUAUUUACAUACAUGUGGCCGAGGAUCCCGUACCCGAAACACACACUGAUGCAGAUCUGCCAGCCGAAUAAAGGUCUCCUUCUGAACUUCAAACCUGAGGUGUUCAGUGCCCUUAAAGUCUACCCGAUGGAGAAAGCAGAGGAGCAUCCAUGUGAGGAAACAGUGCCUUCAGUCAUCGCUGCUGCUGCUGGAGGUACACAGUCUAACCUUCCCUGCUCCACCCAGACCUCUGACUGCUCCACAAGCACCACCAGCAUCAGUACAGAGGAGCUGGAGCUGUCUGCACUGCUGAGUGACAGAGAGGACAGUGUCCAGACCACCAGUCCAUCGCCCACCCAGGUCCUCCAACUCGGGGAGAGGCCUGACACACCUCAGCCUGAGUGCAGCAGUGGAGGAAAUGAGGCGGAGGUCUUCCGAGUGAGCCAGCAGGACGAAGCCUACGUCACCAUGUCCAGUUUCUAUCAAAUAAAGUAGGUCCAGAGGAGGAGGAGGAACAGCAAUCCACAGAGGAUAAUCAGAUAAUCAUCAAACUGAGAAUUGCUUAACGAUGCUCUGAAUCAGUGGCUCCCAACCUGGACAUUGGGGCCCCUCACAAUGUCCCAAGAUGAAUCUGAGGGGCCCCAUUAUUAAAUGAAUAAGAAUGAAAGAAAACAGCUUUUUCUCUGUGCUAUGGACGACAAGGUCAGUCAGUCAACCAUUUUAGUCCAGACUGAAAUAGCUCAACAGCUACAGCAUUAAUUGCCAUGAAAUUUGCUCCAGAAAUUCAAGGUGCCCAUAAGAACAAAACAAAAGGUUGGGAUCCACUGAUCUAAAUAGUUAACUGAAUAAAAACAUUCUUCUUCAAAAGAAUAUGACAUUCAUCCAAAGACUUACUGAUGAUCACAUUAUUUAUGAUCAGUACAGGAACAGCCAAUCAGAGACAGUGAUCUUGUUUAUGAAUCCAUACAUUAUGUCAUUCUUCAAAAGCGCACAACUUUAUUAUUUUUUAAGUUUUUGAAUGGCCACCUGAAUAUCUCCAGUAGAAAUUCAAAGGCCACGCUGGCAGUUUAGAAAAAGAAAAGUCAAAGUGUGUACAGCAGAAAUCCAACAUUUUCUUACAUCUGCCAGUAAAAGUGAAGGAUUUUCACUUUAAAUCUCACCUGAGUCUGAAAUGUAACCUGCAGAAAUUUGAUAAAUGACCCACAGGUACUGAAAUGUAGCUUUUUUAUGUAUUUAUCGCUUCUGAUGCCCUAUGAUUACAUCACAUAUAUACUGAUAAUAUCUAACAGAUCAUAUACUGACAUGCUUCCUCGUGCAGUCAGCUUCUGGAGCCCAGAGUUGGUUGUUAGAGGAACUUUAGAAGAUCCCACCUGUGUUUCUGUAUGUUUUACAACACAACACAGAAUCCCACCAUUCAGGCAGCUUGUUGGCUAAAAGGUCCUUUCAUCUUUUAGUUGGUCAGUGUUCACUAGAGUGAAUGACUCAUCUCAAGCUUGUCUUUAAGUCUCAAACCAUAGUGAAUAAAUGGGUUCUGAACGCUGCCGGGAAGGCAGUUGAACAACAUUAUUAUGCUUUGGAUUCAUACAGAUGGGUGACAAAUGACAGUAAAUGAGGUUGUGUUCUACCACGAGAACCCAGGACAACAUCAGUUCUCCUUGUAAUAGGUUCUGUACAAUCCGUGGAACUCAAAUGGAGGGUUGAACUAACUUCUGAAAGAUAACAACUUUGGUGUUUUACUUGGGUUGGUGGAGACACCUAAAGCUCCCUUUAUAACCUCUGGACCCUCCUUGGUGACCCCUGAACCACCAACAGGACCAUUAGAACCAAAGAGUAUCACUGGAACCUACUCCACCUGUAGGACUUAUACCACCACCUGAAGGAUACCUGGAACCUCCUCAAGUACCACCUAAACUUUAUACUCUCUAAAUCAGGGCUGGGCAAUUAAUGCCGACAGACACAGAUACGUGGGUCCACAGGUGAAUAAUAAAAACACCAGGCUUUUUAGAAUGAAAGCAACACAGUUGUAUUGCAUGCACAACAUAAAUACUUGUUCAUUGUGUUAAUGACUGACAUUCUGCGGGCUGGACAGGGAUGCCCAAAGGGCCGUAUGUGGUCCGCGGGCCGCAAAAUGCCCAGGUCUGCUCCAAACAAUGUGCAAGUAAAUGACAGGCUAUUCAGAUGUAGGACCCUUCGAACUUCAGCACUGACCAUGAGAACCACACUAAUGAGCCAUAGAACCCUCUCAAAGAACACUGGGAAGAUUUCUAGAACCUUCUCAGGACCACCAAAAGGAUCACAACAACCAAUCUACAAACUUUGUUCAACCACGAGCCUUCAGGACAGUUUGAGAGUUCUUUGUCAUUCAAAGCUUUUGGAAACACGUGUCCUCACUGUGUUUCAUUUACUUAGGUUUUCAUUUAGUUUGUCACCUGUCUGUAUGAAGAUGUGCUGCAACUGUUCAAUGAGCUAAAACAUGCAGAAACACCAGUGAGGUCCUUCGAAUGAAAGCUGCUCGUAUCUGCACUUAAACUGUUAGAGAACUGAAAAACAUAUGCUGUGGGCUCUUCUCACUGCUUUGAAGCACUCAGUCCACAUCCAUCACAGUGAGCCUUCACGACCACAGCGGCUGCAGGUCAGAACCCGGCACAGCCGAUUCUGUUUGUGUAGACGUCAAACACGAUGCUGCUUCUUCACAUCUGCGACACAACUAACCCCUUAGGUUUCCUCACAGCCAUAACAAAUACACAGCAUGUGUUCUCAGUUUUCUUUAACAAGUCUGAUUGUAAUAUUUCACUCCGAUUCAACUGUUGGUGUUAUCUCUUAUGACAUUUUGUCCAUCCAGUGUUUUUAUUUAAACUAAGCCUUUAGUGUUUCAUAUCAACAUACAAUAAAAUAUCAUGUAAUGAAAA